UACAGGGAAGCAACAAAAUAACUUUUUAAAAAGUUUUAUCCUCACCGAUUGAGAGCACAGUCUCCCCCUCCCCCUCUCUCUCUCUUUGCCGUGGAGCUCAUCAAGUAGACGCCCAUGGAUAGACUUCUUCAACCACCGUCAUCUUCCAUACUCGCCCCCUCCAAAUCCCACUUAAGAGCACCUCCGUUACUCCUCCGUGUCCACCGUCUCGACUCUCCCAGUCUCAUCCCUUCCUCCCCGCGCCGGGUGAGCUCCAUCUCCUGCCUCUUCCGCCACAAUCCUUCGCCGACUGCGUCAAAUCAAGCUAGAAACCUCUCGUCUUCCUCUCCGAAAGCCGAUGAGUCGAAACCUAAUCCAGGGCUUCUCGAACGGAUCGUGCGGAGUUAUGAGCAGAGAAAGACGUUAUCGGCUGGAACAAUCAUACUAAUCUCUGCUGUAGUGGCACUUUUGCUUAACCCCAUCGUUGCGCCGCCUGCUUUGGCUAGCUUCCAAGCCGCAGCUAAAUCCAGCGGCGCUGCUGUUGGUGGGAAACUCCUCAGGACCGAAGUACUGACGAGUGCGUGGACCGGUUUCUUCGCUGGCUGCUUACACACACUCUCCGGCCCUGAUCACCUCGCUGCUUUGGCUCCACUCUCCAUUGGACGGACGAGGAUGGAGAGUGCUGCGGUUGGAGCUCUCUGGGGAUGUGGCCACGACGCUGGCCAACUCAUCUUUGGUCUACUCUUUCUGCUUCUAAAGGACAGGCUCCACAUUGAGGUUAUAAGAACUUGGGGUACACGAGUCGUGGGCUUGACCCUUCUUGUGAUUGGCGCUAUGGGGAUCAAAGAGGCUUCCGAGAUCCCUGAACCGUGUGUGGCUGCGUUGGAGAAUGGGGAGGAGACAGAUGAGAAGAGCUCAAAGAAGAAGAAGAAGAUUGGGUUUGCGACUUUUGCGACGGGGAUUGUCCACGGGCUGCAACCGGAUGCGCUGAUGAUGGUGUUGCCCGCACUGGCGCUUCCUUCUCGGGUAGCAGGUGCUGCGUUUCUGAUCAUGUUCUUGCUUGGGACGGUGAUUGCGAUGGGGAGCUACACGGUGUUUAUAGGGUCUUGUAGCGAGGCGUUGAAGGAGAAGGUUCCUAGGAUCACGGAGAAACUAACGUGGGCGUCUUCUCUUGUGGCCAUUGGACUGGGAUUGGCAAUUAUUGUCAGCCAGUUCUUUGGAUUCAGCCUGUACUGAGAUGCAAGCAUCUGCAAGCCUUUGUAGCUUUUAGAAGAUUUGAUUUUUGCAUGUACCAACAAAGCCUGUAUCUUGCUUCCAGAAUCCCUUUUACCGCUGUUUGGAUUUGGCUCCCUAAUUUUGUGAGCAUUCUAUAUUUUGUAUUUUGCUAAGCUUUACCGAACAAUGUCAACCAUGAAUGUUUUAGAUAAUAUAAAAGUAGGUGUUGCCAACU